GUAGUGAGAUAUCAGUUUGAAAUCAGACAAAAUGAAUAUGACCGAUACAUUCCAGUUUAGUAGAAUUUAGUAGAGUUUGAAUUUUAAACAAUGAAAACAUUUCAGCAACGACUAAGAAUCUAAUUUCUACACCCAUAAGCUAUUUCAUGAAGUUGUAACGAUGGGGAACUGGAGAUUUUUAGUGCGAUCCGUGUUAAUUUAUUUAGUCGUCGUUCUUCUCUGCAAGUCUAAUGGGGAAAUUGCACCAGUUCUGGAUGGUCCACCUACACUACUUCCGCCGAUUAAACCGCAGGAGCCAGACAAUGAGGCCCCCCAGCCUUUCCCAAACGAGGAAAUAAGUAAUUUGCCUGUCUUCACUAUGGACUAUCCACGCAUUCAGCUGCCAUUUGAGAUCACUCUGUGGAUUUUACUGGCAUCAUUUGCUAAAAUUGGGUUCCACGUGUACCACAAGAUCACCAUCUGGGUGCCGGAGUCCUGCCUGCUCAUCACCAUCGGCCUGAUCGUGGGCGCCAUCAUGCACUCCGUCCAGGAGGAGCCGCCGGCCGUGCUGGAGUCCAACGUCUUCUUCCUCUACAUGCUGCCGCCCAUCGUGCUGGAGAACGGCUACUUCAUGCCCACGCGGCCCUUCUUCGAGAACGUGGGCACGGUCAUGUGGUACGCCGUGGUGGGCUCCCUGUGGAACUCGAUCGGCAUCGGGCUGUCGCUGUACGCCAUCUGCCAGAUCGAGGCGUUCGGGGUGCAGGACAUCAACCUGCAGGAGAACCUGCUGUUCGCCUCCAUCAUCUCGGCCGUGGACCCGGUCGCCGUCAUCAACGUCUUCCAGGACAUCAGCGUCAACGAGCAGCUCUACAUCGUCAUCUUCGCAGAGGGCCUCUUCAACGAUGCUGUCACUGUGGUGCUGUACAACAUGUUUGUCUUUGUGGCUGCGUUGCCAGUGGUCGAGUCGGUGGACGUCUUCCUUGGUGUGGCUCGUUUCUUUGUGGUGGGACUGGGCGGUCUGCUGUUCGGCGUCCUGUUUGGGAUCGUGGCGGCGUUCACCUCGCGGUUCACCUCCAAAGUGCGCGAGAUCGAGCCGCUCUUCGUCCUCUUGUUCAGCUACCUGGCGUACUUGGUGGCCGAGCUGUUCGGCAUCUCCAGCAUCACAGCGAUUGUGGUGUGUGCGCUGACCAUGCGCUACUACGUGGAGGAGAACGUGUCCCAGCGCUCCUGCACCACCAUACGGCACGCCAUCAAGAUGCUGGCCACCAUCUCCGAGACGCUGAUCUUCUUCUUCCUGGGGGUGGUGACCAUCACCACGGAGCACGAGUGGAACUGGGGCUACAUCCUGGGCACCCUGCUCUUCGCCUUCGUCUGGCGCGGCCUGGGUGUGCUGGUGUUGACGCAGAUCAUCAAUCCUUUCCGCACCGUCCCGUUCGACUACCAAGACCAGUUCGGUCUGGCCUACGGCGGACUCCGAGGGGCGGUUUGCUUUGCCCUCGUCUUCCUACUGCCCGACACCAUCAACAGACGCAAACUCUUUGUGACCGCCUCCAUCGCCAUCAUCAUGUUCACCGUCUUCAUCCAGGGCAUCAGCAUUCGGCCUUUAAUAGAGUACCUCGUCAACAUCAGAAGAACCCACAAGCAGGAGACCAUCAGCGUUGAGAUCCACAGAAGGGUAAUGGAGCACACUCUGACUGGGAUUGAGGACAUCUGUGGACAGUGGAGCCACCAUUACUGGAAAGACAAGUUCAAGAGGUUUAAUGACCGGUACAUCAGGAAGAUCCUCAUCAGGGAUAACCGCGCUGAGUCCAGCAUCGUGGCGCUGUACAAGCGACUGGAGCUACUAAACGCCAUGGAGAUCCUGGACACUCCCAACGGCGACAUCAGCGCCGCUCCAUCCAUCAUCUCACUACAUGAUGAGAAGAAAGCAUCUUACAGACCAAAGAAGAAGUUUCAUGCAAGUGACCUGAAAAAUAUGCGUGACAUUCUAUCAAAGAACAUGUACAAAAUUAGGCAGAGGACUGUGGAGUACACGAGCAAGCAUGCUCUUCCAGACGAGAGCAGGAACAAAGAGAUCUUACUACGCCGCCACUCCACCAUCCGACGGAGCCUGAGGCCGGGAAGCUUCCGUGACCCGGCCGUGGCUAGAUCACAGAGGUAUCUAUCACUACACGCAGGAGAGAGUCUAGACGCUCACUUCCCUCCCAGAGGCGACUCCAGAUCCGAGACGGACCACCCGUUUGCUCGGACGAGGCUGGCGCAGUCGAUGCGCUCGUCCUCCUCGUCCUCCUACGCCAUGCGGCCGCUGCGGAGACUGGGCACGCUGCAGGAGACGCCGCUGGGCGAGAUGAGCGGCGGCCGGCCGGCCAGCGUGGACGUCCUGAACGAGCGGAGCAGCGUCCGCUACGCCUCGCCGUCACCGUCCCCGUCCUCACGCCCUCCGUCCCGCACCGCCUCCGCCAGGACCGCACCGGCCCCAACGCCACGGCAACGCCCGCCCAACACCUCCGCCGCCGCCGCCGCCCGCAACGAGGCCGAGUGGGAGACGGAGGAGGAGCUGGAGGAGGUGGAGGAGGAACCGCGCGCUCCGCACCCCAGCUGGGCAGCUGACUCAGCACAGACACGGAACCCCCUGCUCAGGCAGACACCCAGGAAGAACCCUUGAGAACACACACUUUGAGAACACACACUUUGAGAAUACACACCUUGGGGCAGCCGUGGCCUACUGGUUGGGGCUUCGGGCUUGUAACUGAAGGGUUACCGGUUUGAUCCCCGACCGGUAGUAAAAUGUGGGAGGGGAAGUGGUUGAGCACUGCUCUCCCACGCCCACAUCCAUGGCUGAAGUGCCCUUGAGCAAGGCACCUAACCCCUCACACACACACACACACACAUGCUUGAGCAGGGCACCUAACACCUCACUGCUCCCCGAGCACCCCUGGAGCAAGACAGCUCACUGCUCUGGGUUAGUGUGUGCUUCACCUCACUGUGUGUUCACUGUGUGGUCUGUGUGUUCACUAAUUCACGGAUGGGAUGAAUGCAGAGACCAAAUUCCUUGUACGCAAGUAUACUUGGCCGAGAAGCCUGAUUUACAUUAUUUACAUUUGGAGGGAACACAGGACACAUCUUCAGAAGACCCUGGAGAAUCUUCUCCGUCCUGAGGAGGGUGUAGACUCUGCCUCUAGUGAAGAGUAUAAACGGAACCUCCAGGGUGUGUGUAAGGUGAACAGACUGACCUAGGAAGGAGUGGGUCGGAAACAAAGCUUUCCAUCUGACACUGUUGGAACGUGCCCCGCUGAAACUCAACACACACACAAACCGUCCAGCGAAACUAUCCGACUGAGCGAGUUUAGCGAGUUCAAUACGGGUUUGACUGCUCUUUUAAAGGAAACAGCAUCACAGCACCGGCACAGUGCCACUUUGUAAACACCAUUCUAAAAAGGACUGACUGACUCCUACUGUAGUGGAGAUGCCACCUCCUGAUAACAGAGGACUACCCUGUAAAAACUAACAUACUGUAGAAACAUGUUCUGAUCAUUUUCUGCCAGUACAAUUUCCGUUAAUGUUGUGUAUCUUUAUGGAUGAUUAUUUCACUCAUUUAAUGAAAAGUUCCUUAAAAUUACAGGAAAUAUUUCGAGGGCUGAGAACCAAAGGGGCGUAAGUGACAUUUUGGUCAAGAUUGAGUUAUAUAUAUCACCUGAAAGCUCUUGAUGAGCUCUCUUAGCUGACAAAAUUAUAGAAGUAAAAUAUUUAUAAAUAUAUAGUUAUUGAACAAAAAACUAAGAUUUUUAACUGUGAAUAUGUGAAGCAGUUAGAUUUGUUUUGGCUCUCCUGUAAAGUUGGUGAAAUGUCACUAGUUCUCAGCCCUCGAUUUGUUUCAAUAUUUCCAUUAAUGAAGAAUAUUUCCAGAAAACUACCAGUAGAUUUUUCACAGUAUACCUUUUUCUCCCAGACUUUUGCCUACUCCAUGAGCUGUUGUGCAAAUGCAAGAUAAGGAGCUGGUAAGGUGGCCAACAAACUGGUACUGUUGAUGUCCAAACUAGUAUGGUACUGUUGAUCCAAACUAGUAUGGUAUGGUACUGAUAAUGUCCAAACUAGUAUGGUACUGUUGAUGUCCAAACUAGUAUGGUACUGUUGAUCCAAACUAGUAUGGUACUGAUAAUGUCCAAACUAGUAUGGUACUGUUGAUGGUGUCCAAACUAGUAUGAUACUGUUGAUGUCCAAAGAACUUAUCAGCUGGUGUAGCUCAGCUCUGUGGGCGCUAUGACAGAGUCUGAAGAUGUGAUAUAAAUCAUCCUCCCCUUAACCCCAUCUGAACUGUGUCAUCCUGCCCUUAACCCCAUCUGAACUGUGUCCAUUACAUGGUCAUCCUGCCCUUAACCCCAUCUGAACUGUGUCCAUUACAUGGAGGAUCAUUGCAUCAAUGUGAUCCAUGAUGUCAGUGUCAACAUCCUGAACUUGUGUAUGCGUUCGUUUUAAUGUAAAUAACUUCCAAAAUAAA